AAAUUAUAACAGAGUAUUUACAAAUAUAUACAAAUAACGAUGUACGAUUCAACCCAGCUUGUAUACUCUAACCCAAAAUAAUCUAACAAAACAUUUCUUUUUAAUUCAAACGCUGAUUAUGUUUGAUUAUACUGUUUAGGUUACUUUGAUUUCACAAAUUGGAUUAUAUUUGGUUUAAUUUUAGAGGCUUUCGUUAACUUCAACCGGCUUAUUUAUUUAUUAAAAAAUUUGCAGUCGACGGUCACCAGCUAGCAGAUAUCGCUAGCGCAUUCCGCGCCAUCCAACAAGCGAGGACAAAUUAAAAGUUAACCCUGAAAUUAAAUCGUUUUGAGGUAACCCGCGACCGUGACCCAAGUUGUAAACAAUUUAAGGAAAAUAUUCUAACUGUUAAGUACGAUUUUGAACGAUAGGAUAGCAAGAUGAGUCGUAAAGAAGCUUUAUCUCAAUUCAUUCAACAAAUUCACGGACGUCCAGUAGUUGUCAAACUCAACAGUGGCGUUGAUUACAGAGGAGUCUUGGCGUGUCUUGAUGGUUACAUGAACAUAGCGCUUGAACAAACAGAAGAAUAUGUCAAUGGGCAGCUGAAAGACAAGUAUGGGGAUGCCUUUAUCCGAGGCAAUAAUGUACUGUACAUAAGCACACAAAAGCGAAGAACUUGAGAUCCAAGUCCCAAUUUUCCUGAAACCACUCACAAUUUCCAAGUAAUUCUCAAAAGUACAUACUUUGAUAAUAAAAAUAUCGUUUAUUUGUGA